UGCUACUGCCAAACCGAGAGGAGAGUGUGUGUGUGUCCGGUGUGUAGCAUGAAGGAGAACACCGUAUUCACUCGAGCGCAGAAAUGACCAAAGACCCUCCGUCACAUUUCGACGACAUCAGAUAACGAAGCAGCGAACCGGACGGUACAAACGACACAUUUCACUACUGUUAGCCAGCGCUAUUGUCAUGUUUUCUGUCGGGGAAACGGGUCAACCGUAGCCACAGUGUCCGUCUGCGUCCAAACGGUGUGUAUCUGCGUCAGUGGCCGUGAUGCGUUUCAACGAGAAGGAGCUGGUGUCUCUGAGCCGCCAGCCCUCAGAGAUGGCAGCUGAACUGGGCAUGAGGGGUCCAAAGAAAGGAGACGUUGUGAAGAAGAGGCUGGUCAAACUCGUCGUCAACUUCCUCUUUUAUUUCCGGACAGAUGAGGAAGAGCCAAUUGGAGCUUUGCUGUUGGAGCAGUGUCGGGUGGAGAAGGAGGACAGCCAGACCUUCUCUAUUGCGUUUCUGGAUGAAGCAGAGAGGAAGUAUCUGUUUGAGUGUGACUCUGAGGAGCAGUGUGGGGAGUGGAUAGACUCCAUCAUCAAAGCGAGUUAUGAGUUCAUGAGGAAGAACCUUAUAUUCUAUCGGACUGAAAUCCACAGGCUCACUGGGAAGGAUCCCUUGGAGCAAUACGGUAUAUCAGAUGAAACUCGCUUCCAGGUCAGCAACGGUCUGCAACUUAUGCCUCGAGAUACCUCCUCCCUGUAGACCGGCGUCCUGUGUCCAGAUAUACUACAAUUUCAUUUUAGUUCACUCUGCCAUUCCUGCAUUCACUCCACACUGGUUUGAAAACCCACACAAUUAGCAUCUACACUCUAGCUUUUUAGGUCUUUACUGUCCUGCAAUAAAUGCGUUUAGUGUCGCCUCAGGUUUCUGAGGCCAAGCAAAGCUACAACUCAGAUUAUUCCUCCUGUGUCACUGUCAGUCAUCACAGGUUAUGCAGGGCUUUGGAAAACUCAACACUGUCUUAUUUUUGGCUCUGGGGAAUUUUACAUACCAUUUUCAAACUUUUGCCUUCAUUAAUCAAUUGUCAGUAUAAACCUGUUUUAUCGUGUGUUUUGUACUGGACAUGCUGUAUACUUGGACAAUGUUUCACAGCUUCAGGACUGGGGUUUAAUGAUUAGGGGAAAAUAUCUAAUUGUGACUUUUUUUCUGACAAAGUUGAAUAUCACUUUGUACCAGAUUUAAAACAUGUGAAUGAGCAUUACCACAUGAGACACCCCCCAUAGCGUUAGUGUCAUACAAGGAGGACAGCAUGAAUUUGUAAAGGCACUGAUGUAACCAUUUCAAUCCUGGGUCAGAUGUGCUGCGUACUGGUAAUGUAAAUUGUAGCCUUUGCAAUUCGCAAAUUGCAUUGUUUCAAUUUUGAUUUGAAAUCAAUAAUUGUUCGGCCGUCUCCAGGACCAUUUGUAAUAUGAGCACAAUUGCAUUUAACAAGAGUGAGCGCAGGACAUAUGAACGUUGGUGUAAACCAGUGUUAAUCUCAUCUCAAACAGGGUGCAUUAACCUGUUUGAAGAAGCUUACAAUUAAUACCCUGCCUACUUUGGAAAAUCUUUGGCAGCGUUACUGUCCUGAUUUGAACUACAUGAGCCCUUUGAUCUGCUGACUUGAGCCACAUAUUUGCUCAGUUUUUUGAGAAAAACACAUUUUCAGCUGUCCCAAUGUGUAUUUAUCAUGUAGCCCAUUUAAACUGUUUAGUUAAAAAAAAAAUCUAUACUUUUGCACAUACUUCUGGGUGUUGAGGGUUUUUCUUUUCUUUCUCUUUUUAAAAAAAAUAGUAAUUACAGCAAUUUACUUGAAGCUACUGUACUCUUUCUGAGGCACUUUGAAUCAGAUUCCUUUAGGUAAGCUGUUGGACCAUGUUGGAAAACCAGGCUCUUGAUAUGAUUCUGACAAUAUCACACCAACAUUUGCAGAGUUUCAGCAAAGAAAGUUUGCUCUCAGCUGUAUUCAUUGUAAGGGUUCGUUGUCGACAGCAAAUUGGUGAAAUGUUUAUGUCAUGAGUCAAGAAUCUUCCUACAAAGAGCAUAUGUCAUUGAAUGUGUCUUCAUUUUAAUUUUUGCACAUGGAAUGUGUUUAGUCUGUUUUUACGUAGUAAUAUUACACCUGUUUCACUGGCAUCUCUUUUUAUACUAAUAAAGCCAUUUGAACGACACUGUAAA